AUGGGCAUCUACUCUCGAGAGAUGAAGGAGGGGGAAGUGGGUGGAAGGGAAAAAAGAAAAAGGGAAAGCCACUACGCAGACGCAUUGACCUUGUGCCCCCCCUAUCCCUCCCCUGGACAUAAGUCUUUAACCACGGGGGUAGGGUGCCUGCGCCUUGCCGACCAUACGAUAAGGAGGGGAAGAAUGUUCCAUGGGAAGAUGACCCCGGUCAAGGCGGCAGCAGCUCAAGUCUAUGUUAUCAGGUCUCCCUCUAGUGCCUCACUCACACACAGACACUACAACACACACAUUUUCUCUUUGUGCAAGACGAUCGGUGGCUUGGACGAGGUCGUCCUCCGUGCUCUGUCUGUGGAGAGUGGAUACUCGAGCAUUGAACAACAUCUGAGCAAGUAUGGAGACGGAGGGCUAAGUGUCAGGGUCGCGAUGAUCCUUCAUCAUCGUGCCUCGACAUCAAAUGAUCGGGUAAAGGCAUCAAGCCAAGUAGAGCCGAAUUCGGGUUGGCAUCAUGACUGCUGGGUGGCAUUGACCUUCACUGGGCUCAUUGGAGCUCGCCCGGAAAGUGGACACUGGACGGAAGGGAGGAGGGGGGAAGAGGCCAAGUGUCUGACUUGCGAAGACAGCUCGGACAAGGUGGUUCCCGUUGGGAUUGUCGUGGGGAUGUGGUAUGUGGCAGGAACUAAGAAUAAUAAUGCUGGCCGUCAACCAUGGAAUGGGCGAGUGGAGCAAAAAGGCAGUCACGCGGCCGCCCAGUCGUGGUACCCUUACGUCCUCGUAAUCAUUGGUAUUCUUCCUCCGUAUGUAUGGUAUUAUUUCGGGGAAUCCUCGCUUCACUCUGUUUCAUCCGUCGCUUCGAACAACUGCUAG